AUGGCCGAAGCUCCGACGACGCCACCUCCAAAGAGGGGCCGGAGGAGGAGGGAUGUUGAUCUUUCGGGCUUAGCACAGGCCUGGGAAAAUGAGAAGGAUGUGAGAAAGGGGUCGAGGAAGAGGAAGUGUUUGCUUCAGUGGAAAGAUCCUACCAAGGUUGGCAUCAUAGGCUUCAACAGCUUAAAGGACAAUUGGAAGGUGGUUCUGCAUUUGAUCGAUACGUACUGCCCGGACUCCGCACCGAGCAAGACAGUUCCAGUUGAUGCCGUCAAGCUGCAGGUUCAAAAGUUCUACGAGGAGAUUGAUGUGACCCCGAGAACGGGCCUGGUUCAUUGUGAGAGCCAUUCGCUGAAGAUGUUCCUUACCUUUAUGAACCGCCGGCAUGAUGGCAGCAAACGAAAGGACAAUCGCCUCCGAGCACUCUACGACGAGCUCGCGAAGCACUGGCCGCCUAAGCCCCGAAGCAAGAAACACUUGGUUUCAGAGGAGGAUGAAGCUUCGGAGGAUGAAGAAGGUGAUGUAGAGGCAGAGAUUUAG